UGUCAUGGAAGGUCCCACAGUCGAGUGCAUAUAAGUGGUGAAAAGGGAAACAAUGUAGAGUCGAACUGUAAGCGUUAGUGACAGAAAUGGAAGUGAAGCUGCAGCUCAGUGUCUUUUUGCUACACAUUCAGGUUUCCCUCGCGGUAUGGCAGCAUGUGACUGUGAUGAAGGGUGACACACUUCACUUAACCUGCCCCAUCAGUGAUCACAGGACCAGCGUGGAAUGGAAGAACCCAGAACAACAAAUAAUGUUCUUCCAUCGGACCAAAGGUGCAAAUGGUGCAACUUUAUUAAGGGACAAACGAUACAGCAUCACCAAGCUCUCUCAGUCCGAAUUCUCCAUUAGCAUUUCCGAUGUCACUUUUAAUGAUGGAGGCAAUUACACCUGCACACACUAUGGCAAAGAACCGACGGAGAGGAAAGUGGAGGUGACUGUGUUAAGUUUUCCCAGGAUGUCAGUAACAAAACAUGAAGGAAGAAGUGUCAUAAAAUGUACUGCUGAGGGAAACCAACAUGCACCCCAGAUCGACUGGAAAUUUGAUCAUAAGCCUGAAUUUCAUGUUCAUACAAAUAUUUACCGUGAAGGUAAAAAAAUAGUUUCCAAUGGAAUGUUGACUGUCUUACCUGGAAACAAGAGGGUCACCUUGAAAUGCCUCGUUCGCCAUCCGGCCCUGCACACAAGAACUUUGAUAACGUUUGUCAAAAUUGGAGUAGAUGUGAAAAAGCCCCUCCUAACUACCACGGCUGGUCCGCCCACGGUUCAACCGCAAGGGUCAACAGAGGUACCAGGCACAACAACGACAUGGCUCAUACGUGGUAGAACAGCAGAAUCCUCUACAACCAUAGAUCUGAGUGGCCCAUCAACCGAGGAGUCAACUGUUACUUCAAAUCAGUGGGUUUCAAAGACUGUGGCAGCACCCUCUGGACUGCCUCUGAACCCUGUUACAUCUCCAGGGCCACAUAUUAGCGCUACUGAUGGUUCAGGAUCCUCUGUGUUACCAGACUCAACUGUGACGAGCAAUGUCACCAUCACUGAGGAGGCAAACACCACAGGUGACAUAUUUGUCCCAGAAACAACAGAGGACAUCAGCUUCGAUAACAGUACAGAGACAACUACACAAGAAAAUUUCAACCAACAAAAGCAAAAAGAAAGUCAAGGAAAUUCCUACUUAUUGGUCACCCUGGUUACGUCCCUCAUCUUCAGCCUUCUGGUGGUGGUCAUUUUCUUUGGCAUCAAGCUGAGAAGAGCUCAUGUUGCCUGGAAGAAAGUUUUUAUUGUUACAGAAAAUGAAGACUCUAACCCGUCAGAGGAAAGCAGCAAAUCAAAAUCAAGCCAGGAAGAGAAAAAUGCCCAAGGACAAAGGCGAAGAGGAAUCCUCAACACAGCAUUCACACAGUAUGUUGUUGAGGAACCCACAACGAUAACUUCAGUUGUAAACACAGCAGCAAUGACGCCAGAAGAAAGAGCAACAAGACAGCAGACCUCUCAGCCUCAAAUCCAGACACAAACUUCAGCCAAAAUUGACAUAAAAGAGACAUCACUUUGACAGCCAUAAAAAGUCGCCAUCACAGUUUAGCUUUUUAUCUAAACUGCACUUGUAAAAUGUUACACUUGAAGAUGUCUUAUGCACUUUCUAAAUAUUUCCAUCCAUGUUUAUAUCACCGUGAACAUUAACAAGGUGCCCAAAAAUGUGCCAAGGCCACCACCAGCAGCCUGGAAGGUCUCCACACCUGUCUCCACAUUUCUCAGCAAUAAUGGAGAUUUAUAAAAACAUGGUAUGUAGUCAUCUACUGUAUUUAAAUCCAUAAGCUCAGCAGUUUCAGAAGUAUCCACACUGCCACCAAUUUUACCCGUUUCUGAUAUUUGGUGUGGAAAUUUAAUGUGUAGUGUAAUGUAUGCACUGUUGCCAUGUGACUGUUGAAUGGAUAGCUGCAUAAAUAAGCAGAUUUACAUGUGUUCCUGAUGAAUUGCUUGUGGAAUGAAAGUUAAAUGAAUGUGUUUUGUACAAUAUAAAUACUGUAUAAAUGUAUACAUUUUGUACCAAUAAAUGCUAUUUU